CAGAUAGAAGAUAUGGCUGUUAUGGAUAUGACAGCAGUUAGAGGUAAAUCACAUUUGACUCCACUUAUGGCACGAAAUCAUUUGCGAACUCUUUGGUCCAACGAAAAGGAAUCGCUUCUCAGAAUAUUCCCAUUUCUCAAACCCGACGUGUCGUGUAGUGAAGGCUCGACACCAAUCGAUGUGUUCUUUAUGGACACGGUUUCGGUGCCUCCGAAUCGGUUCCGACCGUUAAGACAUAUGAAUGGGCGUCAGUUCGAAGCGGAACAGACGGCCGCUUUGAGCCAAAUCAUCAUGAAUUCAGACAUAUUGGACGUCGCUUUUCGUCAGGCAAAACAGCUCAACAGGUCUUCCCUUCCAUCAGAUGCGAGCACUCCAUCGACGUCUUCAGCCACCGAUAGAUCCAAAGAUGUGGCGAAGUUUCACAUGUGUUGGCAAAAACUACAACUCCAAGUGAAUCGGUUGUACGACUCGGAUAUGGAUAGACUUCCCGACAAUAAGGCGACGGGAGUUAAGCAGAUAUUGGAGAAGAAAGAGGGACUCUUCCGAAAGCAUAUGAUGGGAAAGCGUGUCAACUAUGCCGCGCGUUCUGUCAUUUCUCCCGACCCUUACAUAAUGGUCGACGAAAUUGGUAUUCCUAUGGUUUUUGCCACAAAACUUUCUUACCCACAGCCCGUCAAUGACCAUAAUAUCAAUCAAUUGAGACAAAUGAUCAUCAAUGGGCCGGACAUAUAUCCCGGCGCUCUAUCUGUUGUGUACGAAAAUAAGCGCGUUAUAAGGCUUAAAGCCGAUGACGUGGUAUUUCGCAAGAAUUUAGCCGAUCGUCUAAUUGUUCCCAAACACGGCUUUCGUGAUAACAAUAUCCGUGUUGUGAACCGACAUCUCUUGUCGGGCGACGCGCUUCUACUGAACCGUCAGCCGACUCUACAUAAGCCCUCAAUUAUGGCACAUAAGGCUCGAGUGCUUCCGCGAGAAAAGACAUUAAGACUUCAUUACGCGAACUGUAAGUGUUAUAACGCGGACUUCGACGGCGACGAAAUGAACGCUCACUUCCCGCAGAGCGAGUUAGCCCGCGCCGAGGCCUAUAACAUCGCGAGCGUUAACUUUCAAUAUUUGGUGCCCAAAGACGGCACACCGUUGAGUGGUCUCAUUCAGGAUCACAUCAUUUCUGGCGUUUGGAUCACAAUUAGGGGACAAUUCUUUAAGAAAGGAGAUUUCCAAGAACUGCUUUACGGCGCGCUUUCAUUCCUCAACAAACCGCUCAAAUUAGUUCCGCCGGCGAUCAUCAAACCGGAACGCCUUUGGUCUGGCAAACAAAUUAUUACCACAAUUAUUAUGAAUAUUGUGCCCGAAAACAAACCGAUGCCAACCCUUUCGAUUGCCACUAAACUUAACCCCAAAAUAUUGCAAAGAAGUCGUGCGAGACAGUGGACGGCCGGCGGAACUCCUCUCCAACUGACCGACAUGUGUGAGAGUCAAGUGAUUAUACGUAAAGGAGAGCUUUUGUGUGGAGUCAUAGAUAAAGUGAAUUUGGGUCCCAACCCAUACGGUUUGAUUCACUGCUGCUAUGAAUUAUAUGGCGGUCCCGUCUCGUCGGCACUUCUCACCAGUUUUGCCCGUCUCUGCACUAAUUAUCUGCAAAUACACAGAGGUUUUACUUUAGGUAUUUACGACAUUCUCGUCGACCAAAUGCCAAAUGAAAAGCGAAAUAAGUUUAUAAAACGAGCCAAAAAGAUGGGCCGAAAAGCGGCGGCAGAAGCGAUGGGUCUUCAGGAAAAUGACGACAAAGAACUGCUAAUUGAUAAACUGAAGAGCGCGCACACGAAUACCAAUGACUUCUAUAUGAAACAAUUGGAUCAAUGCAUGAAAGGACAGACCGACGAAAUUAACAAUAAAAUAACUGAAGUGUGUUUACCGAGUGGUCUCAUAAGUAAGUUUCCAUAUAAUAACUUACAAAUGAUGAUACAGGCGGGGGCUAAGGGGGGUUCAGUGAACGCCAUUCAAAUCUCAUGCCUUUUGGGUCAAAUCGAGUUAGAGGGUCGACGCGUUCCUCUUAUGAUGUCCGGCCGAUCUUUGCCCUCAUUCAAGCCCUACGAGACUGAUCCCCGUGCGGGAGGUUUUGUUGCCCAACGCUUUAUGACUGGUAUUCGUCCGCAAGAAUUUUUCUUUCAUUGUAUGGCUGGAAGAGAAGGUCUGAUCGAUACGGCAGUGAAGACAUCUCGUUCUGGAUAUUUACAGAGAUGUCUAAUCAAACAUCUCGAAGGACUGGUUGUUAAUUACGAUAUGACUGUUAGAGAUAGUGAGGGAAGUGUUGUUCAAUUACUCUAUGGAGAGGACGGACUCGACAUUCUUAAGAGUCAAAUGCUUAAAGAGAAAUGUGGUAUUUGUGUUGAAUUGAGCGCACAAUCAGUGGUGAUGUCCUCAACGAGUGGUCAGACGUCGGCUCAGAUCGUCGGCGUCUCCUUUGGGAUCAUAAGUAAGGAUGAGAUCAAGAAAUUAAGUGUUUUGAAUGUCGAGACGUGGAAGACGUUCGACGAGUUGUCUCAUCCCCGAGAAGGAGGUCUUUGCGACUCUGCGUUCGGUCCGGCCAAAAGGGAUGAGAUGUGCGCCACUUGUGGUCUCUCGGAGUUUGAUUGUUGCGGACAUUACGGACACAUCAAUCUAUCGCUUCCCGUCUUUAAUCCAUUCCUCAUUAAACAGUUAUUUCAGGUGCUGAAGAUGUGUUGCUUUGAGUGCCAUCACCUUCUCUUCUCUCCCACCGAUUUGGAGAUAAAGAUCGCGCAAAUGGAAGCGUUAAGCCGUGGCCUCGAUAUCAUUCUCGAGGAUUUGCAAGCGUUUGGUUCUUCGCUGACGACUGACAACAUAGGUUUGGACGCCAUUUCCAUCCGAUUAUAUGUGAGGCAGAAGUUAAAGGAAAAGAUAGACGAAGAAUAUAAUAAACGGUUCACUAAAUCUGUUAAAAAUGGUCUGAAUGUGAAAAAUAUAGUCGAAAAGCAACAAAUGGUUUACAAAGAGUUUCUGACCGGAAAGCUAUUGAAGCCAAACAAGAAGUGUCUUCAGUGCGCGGCUCUGAAGAAUAGCUUAACGGUUCUCAACAACGCGUUGAUUAUUAUGAAUGAAUCGAAAUCAAAAGCGAGCAAAAAAAUUAUAGGCGCCGAACAGAUAGAAGAUAUGGCUGUUAUGGAUAUGACAGCAGUUAGA